CACAGGAUGUCCAACACACGAACACUUUUGACAUACAACCUUGUAGCCACGGUCGUUGCUUCCACAACUUCAAACAUACAAUGCGAAAGCGAGACCGUCUACGCGCAUUUUUAGCGCCAACCGCUACCGGUACCCGUUCGGUCUCACCCCGUUCAGGUUCUCCACUACCACGUCCUCCAUCAUCAUCCGCUACGAAUUCAAUCGCAUCUAAUGCAGCCACACCAGUGCAGACAGUAACCCAAAACCCAGCGCUUGAGAAGGCAGUCGUGUUGCAACUGCAGAAGCUCCCGGAAGCUGGACGUGUAGCAUUUGAACAGGAGAUAAAGACACUUGAUGAGCAAGCUCUAUUAUCCAAAGUACGGGCUUACGAUGCAGAGCACAAAAAUGAGUCGUCCUUCAGGCCUCACUUUGAGCACCUCACAAAGGCUCUUGACUUGCUCAACAGGCUCAUGGGUGGCGUCGCCAUAGGCAUACAGGCGGACCCUGCCAUAUCGGCCCCGGUGGUGGGCGCAGUGCGGGUCGCUAUCGAUCUCGGCUUGCAUUUCACAAAGUUCUUCCCCAGAUUGACCGACAUGGUCUGCGAGUUCGAAGAUUAUCUUGGGCCGCUAGCGGAACAUUCACGGGCGGCAAACGUUGAGCUUGUAGAGAGUGCCGUUGUCAGUGUCUAUACGAACAUACUAGACUUCAGUUGGAAAGCCCGCUGUGUCUUCGUCGAUGCCAAUGGAAAACGAAGGAGGUGGACUUCGUUUAGGGCGUUCAUGCGCCAGCACUGGGAUACCUUUGAGGCUGAAUUUGUGUCCAUAAAAGAAGAGAUGCAGCACCAUCUCCAUGUUCUCCAGCAUACUGUACAGGCGACACACUUUAAUGCUUUCAGGAGUACCGAACAGAGGAAGGAAAGGUCGGCAUUUCUCACUUGGAUGUCAGACAUCGAUUUCGAAGAGGUGCAUCAGAGCAUUUAUGCAAAAAAGCACACAGGCACUGCCGACUGGCUGAUUCAAGAGCCUAAGUUCCAACAAUGGAUGCAGAGCGCGCAUUCAUCCCUCCUGUGGUGCAAUGGAAAGCCUGGUAUCGGCAAGUCUGUACUCAGUUCCAAUGUUCUUGAACAUAUCACGGCCGAGGCCGGGCUACGGAAGGACACUGCCAUCUGUUUUGCCUACUACGAUUAUCGUGAUACACGACUAGCGAACGUGACCCGGAUCAUAGCCACACUUAUCAAGCAGCUCUGUCAAAGAAAGCACAACAUACCGAACCAUCUGCUGCAGAUUAUGCGCGAUGCUCGGUCACCGUCCUCAGUAGGUUCCCUGGAAUGUUUCCUUUUACUCGCGGAGAGUUUUUCGGAGGUCUUUGUCGUCUUCGAUGCUUUAGAUGAGUGCCCGGAGCAGCAACGGCAGGACAUCCUUGGUUUCAUCACUGAGGUGGUAACUAUGCUAGCCCCAUGUCGGAUAAAGGUGUUUGCCACGAGUCGAAGGGAGACGGACAUUACCGAAGCAUUCUCAAGGAAUCACGUGCCUACAGUUCAAAUCUUGGCUGAAAACGUCGCGGCCGACAUCGAAACUUUUGCUCGCAGCAAAGUCGAGGAGCUUCAGGCUGGGAAGCAUGGAAAGGUACUCUACGUCACUGAGGACAGGCUAAAGGAAAGGAUCAUUCAGACACUUGCUCAGAAGGCAGAAGGAAUGUUUCUUUGGGUCAACCUCCAACUAGACAGUCUUUGUGAAGCCAGCAAAGUCCGAAAAGAUCAGGUGGUAGAAACUGCGCUGGAGUCCUUGCCACACAACUUGCCUGACACCUACGUUCGAAUCCUAGAUCGGAUCGAACAGCAGCAUUCGUCGAUGCGGGAUUUGGCAUUGAACUGUCUCGCUUGGACGAUCUAUGCCCGAAGGCCUCUCAGCACUCGAGAGUUACAACAUGCGCUUGCGAUCAACCCUCAAUGCACUGUCCAACAAGAUCUACAAAUUCACUCUUCUCAGGUAAUCCUUGAUGCAUGUGGCAACUUGCUAGAAGAAGCUAAAGGCGCGAUCCGACCAAUCCACUACACGGUUCAGGAGUUCUUCACAUCAUCCGUUCAGGGGAUGCCGCAACAUCCUAUGCGAAUGCAACUUCUAGACUCAACGUCUGUGCACAGACGAUUGAGCCUAGCGUGUCUAGCGUACAUCCGGCUAAUGGCAUUCAACAAACCAGCUCGGGACCAUUGGAACCUCUACGAGCAACUCAGGAAGAAUGAUCUCGCCGGCUAUGCAUGUCAAAACUUCGACUACCAUACUUCGAAUUGCGAAGGGACCCCUGUCGAUGUGAUGAACCAGCUUGAGACAAUCUUGCGGCAAGGUAGUGCGUAUCUUGCAGCGAUCCUGCAAAUUAAGAUUUUGCGAGAUGGUCACGACUAUUUUGAUAUCAUGCAGCGUUUCAACGACAUGAAGUUCCUGGUCACUCCGAGUACAGUUGUCUACAGCACUAGUCUCUACAACAUUCCCACCAUAAGGCAGAGAUGGGUCGACCAAACGCCCCCAACAUAUGCUUUACAUCUGGCAGCUUCUGCAGGACUCACGAGUGCAGUCAUCCGACUUCUAGAGGGAGGAUACGACGUUGACGAGAGAGUCGGGAGUGACAGCACUUCCCUAUACUACGCAUGUCUCAACGGCGACCUGGACAUCGUUCAGCUAUUGCUUGACAAACAUGCCCAGGUCAACGUGCGGGGUGGAUACUACGGCAACGCACUGCAGGCAGCUUCAUACGGAGGCCACGAGCAGAUCUCAAGAUGCUGCUCGACAACAAGGCAGACGUCAACGCGCAGGGUGGAUACUACGGCAACGCACUGCAGGCAGCUUCAGCUGGAGGCCACAGGCAGGUAGCUAAGGUGCUGCUUGACAAGAAGGCAGAGGUCAAUGCGCAGGGCGGAGAGUACGGCAACGCACUGCAGGCAGCUUCAGCUGGAGGCCACAGGCAGGUAGCCAAGGUGCUGCUUGACAAGAAGGCAGAGGUCAACGCGCAGGGCGGAGAGUACGGCAACGCACUGCAGGCAGCUUCAUGGGGAGGCCACGAGCAAGUAGUUAAGAUAUUGCUGG